CUCAGAACAUGGGACGCUUCAGAUGGGAGCUCUCCAUGUGAUUCAGUGAGUGCCUUUAUCAGCGGCAGCUGCAGUUCCCCUCACAGACACUCACACUGCCUCUCUGAGCACGAGAAACAAGGACGUCCUUCUUUUGCCUGGAAACCAGAGAUGUUAGGAACGAGCAGUUAAAGCCUUGCUGUAUCAGUACUACUCAACUUUAAUUUCUGAGGAGUUAAUCAGCUUGUCGAGACAUUUGAAAUUGCCGUGCAGACCUGGCGACAAGGGACUACUUGAAAAGCUCAACCUGAAUGUAAUAUUUGGUUGAAGAAGGCAGGAAUAAAAAGCCAUCAUCAUGAAUUUUGUUAUGAAGCAAGCAUUGGGAGGGGCGACCAAAGACAUGGGGAAAAUGCUGGGGGGCGAGGAGGAGAAGGACCCUGAUGCCGACAGAAAGGAGGAAGAAAGACAGGAAGCCCUCAGGCAACAGGAGGAGGAGAGGAAGGCAAAGUAUGCAAAAAUGGAAGCGGAGAGGGAAUCGGUUCGACAGGGCAUCAGGGACAAGUACGGUAUAAAGAAGAAGGAAGAGAAGGAGGCAGAAGCCCAGGCAGCCAUGGAGCAGGCAUCAGAAGGCAGUCUGACCCGUCCCAAGAAAGCAAUCCCUGCCGGCUGCGGCAAUGAAGAAGAGGAGGAGGAAAGCAUUGUGGACACCGUCAUGAAGUUCCUCCCAGGCCCACUUCAAGAUAUGUUCAAUAAAAAGUAACAGCGUUCCACGACAAUUUGUGAUAAAACGGGAAUCAUUAAUGUCAUGAAAUCCACCUCCUCUUUCCUCUUCCCCUCUCUCGCAUAUGUUCUAAGAUCUCUGGACUCAAAAUUUGUGCCAUAACAUCUGUCUUUAACUGCAAAACAUGACAUUUUCUGAUUAAAACAAUGAGGAAAAUACAAUGUGUGCACUAGAAAUGUUACAUUGCAUACGUCAGACUCUGUUUAAAGACAAAUUUAAUGCCCGAGUCCGGACCUUAGAGCAAGAAUAUUCCCUGUGCUUCAUUAAUUUUGUUUGUACAUAGCAAAUGAAAAAAAAAACUGUAUAUGACUACAGAUAUAUAUAUAUAUAUAUAUAUAUAUAUAUAUAACAAACAAUGACUAUGAGUAAAAGCCAUAAAUUUAUCUUGGAGAGAUUUCUCCAAUCAUAUCGUAUUUUUGAUUGUUGCUCUGUUAUAGAUAUUACUGAUAAAUCCAUGUGGUAUACUUAUAGAUAUAUACUGUAUACAGAUUCAUUUAUCAUCCAAACUAGUAUACAGUUCCUGCUGUAUAUCAUGAAUUGUCACAUCAUAUCUGAUUAAUAUGACUGAAAACUGUAAUAUGGAAGAGAACGUACGAUAUCACACGUUCUGGUUGUUUUGCUGGUUGUUUUCCUCUAAGCAUGCUAACAAUUUUUCUUUGUUUAUCAGUACACUGUAUCCCAUUUCAUUUUGCAUUUUUAGCUGAAAGACACUGAAAUUUAAGGCAAUAACUCUGGUUUUGGAUUUUGUUGUCCGACAGACACCAGUGUUAAAUAGCUUGAUGUUCACAUCUUUAGGUAACUAAACUUUAAAGUAAGUCCCUCAUUAAAUUGUCCCACACAUUCACAUCACACUUUAGUAAACUGGAUUUGAUCGAUUAAAAUGGAAUCACAUGUGUUAGCUCGCCGCCGCGAGUGAAACCUUAGCGCUUAGCUUAGCGCUCAUCUUGAACUGACUUAUAUUUGUGCUUUUUACAGUACUUAAGAAUGUGAGGGGUGACAUCGAUCACAUACAACUACAAUUGGAUCAAUAGGGCUAUAUAAAUAUAAAUAUAUAUUCUCUUCAUCUUCACUGCUGUACAGUAGAAUCUAGUUCUUAGUGUCUACAUUUAUUUACGUUAGCUCUCACAACGUGGUUGUGAGCACACAUUACGUAAACAGACAGUGACAAUGGUGCAAUAUUUGUUUCUGAAUGAAGAUGUCCUGUGUCCGUUGGUUGUAUAUGGGACUCUGAUCCCAGAUCAGCAAUAACAGACAAUCUUCAUAGUUAUGUAUUCAGCUUAUUUGCUAGAGAAUGUUUGUGUGCAAAUGCCGUGUCGUCUUCCUAGUAUCAGUCAAACAAGCUUAGUAAAUAGAUCUAAAGAAGGAAGUUGCAAGAUUUUUUAGGGUCUCUAAACGAAGCCUGGCUCUUAUUUUAUGAGCUAUGAAAGGAUCUGACUUGUGUUUUUAUGCUUGCUUGUUGCUAGUUUAUGUAUGAUGUUAUUUCUCGUUGCUGUAAUUGCACUGAAAAGAGGGAAAACAGCGGGGCUGAAUUGCUCAAUAAUGAGAUGCUUGUAUUCUCAUUAUAUUAUGUCCGCAAUUAUUGUAAAUAACAACGCGUUCAGGAAAACCUGUUAGUCGCAGAUCAUUGUCUAAACACAGGCAAAUUUUCAGAUUCAGAAAAAUACUAGGAAUCAGGCUGCCAUUCUGUUGUUUUGAACAUUCCGAAUAUUCCAGACAUUCCAUCCGAUCCACACUGGCUUGUGUGCAUAUAAAUAAAAAAUGUUAUUCAGUGUCACUAGGAAGCAUAUAAACCGUGGAUUUAAAAGUAAAACUCAGUUUAGUUAAUAAAAUAGUGUCCAUUUAUAGCACACGGUCACAGUGAUGUCAUAGCGUUCUGUCCUGCCAUGUAACACAAGAACAUGGAGUUGAUUAAAUAUAUAUAUUAAUGCUUAUGAUAUGAAUGUGCUUGCUGAUUAGAACGGCGUCCUUCAACAGCUAAACAAACUAGCCAGUUGCUAAGAUGCUAAAUUUCAUAUUAGUGGUCAAUCAUCCUGAAUGUUGUCUGAUUUUACUGCCACUUGUGUUUAAGGCCUUUACUCACCAGAAGUGACGAUGUCAGCUGUAACACUUUCGGAGAGAUGAGAUAUAGCUAAAAACAUACAAUUGUUAGCGAAAUACGUGCCACCUUCCACACAAAUGACUUAAGAUCUCACGUUUCCGCCACUCAGUGUACUUUACAAUCAACAGAGGCCAUUUCUGAGCACAAAUUUUGCAGUUUUGGUGAUUUUUCUACAUGACUAUCAACUGCCCUUGAUACUGCCGCUCUCAUAGUGCGAUCUGUGUGACGUGGUGAGUUUCCAUCAGCUGCACUGAUAAAUAAAUACUGCCCGAAACCCAUAACCCAUCCUAUCAUCACCUGUUUUAUUAAACCAAAGAGUGUUCCUGUUUGUGAGAACGUCUACCAUUAUUUCUUAUUUUUAAUAUUGUUCUUUUACAUUAUUGUCUAAGGUAGUGUGAUAUGCGAUUACUGUACCAUCUCAGCUCUCUGGGCUUUGGGUUUUGUGAUUGUCCAUAACAGAUUCCUAAAACGAACAAAGAAAUGAUCAUACAAUUAAAUUUAAAAUCUAAAAAACAAUCAACUACAAAAUGUUCACCCAUUCCCUCAACAUAUUUUGUAUUCAGUACUGUGCAAGAGUAAAGGAAAAAAUAUUGCAUAGUCAUCAUCUCGUUCUCUAAAUGUAAAUCAUACAUUCACUCAAAGUCAUUCCGUGUCUUACAGAUGCUAAUGAAGAUACUGCCUAACACAGUAACGUUAUGAAAUAUUCCAUUGUUGUUAUCUGAAUGUGAGUGUCUACUGUUCUACUGCAUCGUCCUGCCUGGUUUCCUCUAUGUUAAAAACGAUAAAUUAUCUCGGUGUGAUUUUCCGUCUGUAAUCCGUUCCUGUUCCUGUCUCUUGGUGGUUGUAUUUUGGAAGAAUUAUGUUUCUUGUGUGGUGCAUUUUUUAAGUCAUUGUAGAUUCUUCUCCCUCUCUCUUUGUUGAUGAAUUGUAUGCAUGCAUAUGAUGUGCACUGUAGGUGAGGUUGUAAAUGAUAUUUCUGUGUGUCCUCUGUGUUUUCUGAGCGCUCCACCUGUAGGCCUCACUGCAUGCCCGUUAUAGACAGAUUUUAGACUGUAACAUUCCUGCCAAAUGGAAUCACCAACACACAAAUAAUAAAGUGAUUUCAUAUAAUUGUU